AUGCGCACAUUCUCUUCCACCGUCAUCUCUGCUAUUGCCCUUCUUGGAGGAGCCAGCGCCUUUUUCAGGCUUCCCUGUGGCGAGCCUAUCAUUCACACACGUAUCGAUCCGAUUAUCUCUCCUGGCCAAAAGCCAGCCAAUCACGUCCAUACUGUUCAUGGCGCCAAGAACUUUGCUUCUAAUUCAACUUAUGAAACCCUUCGUGCUUCGACCUGUACCAGCUGCAAGGUCAAACAGGAUUUAUCCAACUAUUGGUUCCCCAAGUUGUACUUCCGUGAUCCAAAGACUAAGCAGUUCGAGGCUGUUCCCAAUGGAGGCCUUCUCGUUUACUACCUGAACCGUGGAGAUGCUGAUGUUGCCAACGGCGGACCCGGUCUAAAAGCCUUCCCACCAGGCUUCAAGAUGAUUAGCGGGAACCCUCGUUGGCGUUCCAAGAAGUUUGCUACUCAAACCGGGACUCAGGAGGAGCUACGCCAGCGCGCCACAAAAUGGUCGUGCUUGCGAUCUGGUGGGAACCCAAGCUACACCGGGUACGGUUUCCCUACCACCGACUGUGAAAACGGUUUCAGAGCGGAGCUUCAUAUGCCUUCUUGCUGGGACGGCAAGAAUGUGGAUUCGGCGGACCAUAUGUCCCACACCGCAUACUUGAGUGGUUUAGACAACGGGAAAUGUCCAAGCACUCACCCGGUUGCGCAUAUUCAUCUAUUUUAUGAAGUUACAUGGGAUGUACAUUCGUUUGCUGGCCGCUGGACCGCAUCGGAUGGUUGGCCAUUCGUCUACGCUACUGGCGAUGCUACCGGGUACAGCUGGCAUGGCGAUUUUCAGAACGGAUGGGAGACUACAGUGCUCCAAAAGGCUAUUGAUACAUGCAAUAACCCCAAAGAUGACACCAUUAACGGUAUCAUAGAGGCAUGCAAAGCAUUCACUCUCCAGGACUUGACAAACACAUGCAAGGCUGUCCCAGAGUUGAGUGAAGUCGUUACUGGCAAGCUGACUAAGCUUCCCGGAUGCAACCCGAUUCAAGCAGGGCCAGGGGAUGCUACUAUAUACUCGGACUCGAACUGCCCUGCUUAG